AAACGUUUUUCAAUUGUUUUGAUUGAGUAAUUAUGAAAGUUAAUAUAUUGCCAAGAUAUAUAGUUUUUACUCUUUAGUUGAGGGUAGUUCUUCACGUCAACUUCGCCAUAGCAAUAAACAAAAGAUACGAUGGACGCAAAAAUAAGAAAAAUUUGUCCGAGUUGUAGUCAGUGCUAUUUUUUAAAAGCUUUGGAUUCAAAAACGAAAUCUAAUAUACCCUUAUUUCUAUCAUGUGGGCACACUCUAUGUGAAAACUGUGUUAGUAACAUAGUAAAAUUUGCAGAGCCUAUUGAAUGUAAAGUAUGCCACCAGGAUAUGCAAGUAGACACUAAUAAUUUGGCUCUAUUAAUGCAGAACAAGAUUUCUUUGUAUAGCAUAUUUCCUGUCAAUGUAUUUUUGGUUGGAGAGCUAACCAUGCAAACUAUUGAGGACACAAAAGAACAAAAAGCCAAAAUUGAUGAAUGUUACAUAGAUAUGAAAGGUAUUCUACAAAAUAACACUUCCAAACAAGGAGAAUGUGUGGAAUGUCACUCUUCUACAUUUAAAAUGUGUGAACAGUGUGGAAUCAUAGUUUGUAAUAAUUGCUUCAAUAAAAGUCACAAGAACUUUGUUAUUUUCAAAAAUCAUGUGCUUUGUAACAUAGGAGCAAAUAUACAGAAAAAGAAUUGUAAAUUACAUCAGGAGAAACAACUGGACUAUUACUGUAAGAAUUGUUCAAAAUCUAUUUGUAUGGACUGUUUCAUGGUGGGUGGUGAAAAGUCAUGUAAAAACCAUGACGUUGAAGCAAUACAAGAAGUGAAUGAACAGUUUCUGACCGAGUUAACUAAUAUUGGUCCAAAAGUGGAUGAAGUAUUUAAAAGACUAAGUAAAACUGCUGUUGACAUUGGACAUUUACUGACAAAAAUAGAUGAUGAAAGUAAUUCUAAUAAAUACACAACAUUGAUCAAUAAUAUUGAGCAACAUUUCUCUAAACUCAGUUCAAUUAUACAAAACAAAAAACAUGAAAUUACAAGUAAAGUGCUACAGUUGAAAUUGAAUGAGAAAGAUUCAUUGAAAAAGGCGAAACAAGACAUCUCUGAUGCACUUAAGAAAGCAAAUAGUACAUUAAAUGCUAUAAAUUCUUUGAAUCCUAAUAAAUUGAAAGAGAUAAACAUGCCUGCUAUCUUAGAAGAUGCUAAACAGAUUACCAAAAUACCAUGGUAUUUACACAGAGAUGAAUCCGAAAUAAAUUUAAAUUUAACUGUCAAUGAAGACAUAUUUAUAUCAAUAGACAACUUCAUACAAUUAGAAGGAAACGAGGCAUCAAAAUAUAAACUUGUCACAACUGAAGAGUUAAGCGAGAAUAAUGAAGAAAUACCAGAAGCUCCAACGUUUUUAGUCUAUCCACCAGAGAUUACUAGAGAUGUAAGACAACUGUCCAAUCAAACAGAACCUAAGAUUGAAAAAGAUAACUCGAAAACAGCAACAUUUCUCGCAAAAGUACCAAAGUACCGCAGCAAAAGUGGUUCCUGUACCUCCUUGAAUUCAAUGAAAAGUGACUCCUCGAACAAGAGCUACCAGUCCUAUGAACAAAAGUUAAAAGGAGAAUCAGCUAUUGCAUUUCCUGACAGUCAACUCAUGCAACCAUUUUUCGAAGGCUCGCAGGAGCUGAUCUACGUGUCGCACAUCGUGGACCCGCACAAGCUGUUCGUGCAGCGCGCCGGCCUGCAGGCCCGCGUGGAGGAGCUGCUGCGCGAGUUCCGCAACGCCGUGUCGCUGCCGCGGCCCUCGCUCGCGCACGUCGCCGAAGGCAAAAUUUAUCUAGUUUUCAAUAAAGCAGAUAACUUGUGGCAAAGAUGUCGGGUAAUGAGCGUCGACAGGCGGGACGUUAACAAACCCAUCUUACAUGUAUUCUGCAUCGAUUUCGGUAGCACUGAAGUCGUCUCAAUUGACAAGUUACGUCUAAUACCACCCGCCCGAGUGGCGUUUCCUCCACCGUUCGCUAUCUGUUGCUCGCUCGCUAAUUGUGAGCCUAUCAACGGGGCUUGGACCAGCGAUGACUCAUUCUUCAUACAGAACAUUAUUGACAACAAGCAGGCGGUGCUGCACGUGCGGCGCGUGCGCGCGGCGGAGGGCGGCGCGCCGUGCCUGGACGUGGACGUGAGUACGCUCGAGCACGGCGAGAGUCUGGCGCACGCACUUGCCUUCCACGGUCGCGCCCGCCUGCCCGAGAAGCUGCCCUACCCCAAGAUGAUGGGAAUUUCCGAAAAACCGAAAUUAUUUAUAAAUAACAAAGAUUUCCAAAAGAAUGCUGUUGAAGAAGUUUACAUAACACACGUAGUAAGUCCGGAUAAUUUCUAUGUCAGGAAGCGACACCUACAAAACGUUUUCGAAAAGUUGUGUGAAGAUUUAGAACAAGAGUAUAGUUUGAGCGUGAACAGUGGUAGUAUUUACUUACCUGAAAAAGACAUGGUGUGCGUGGCGCACGUGGAGCAGCGCGGCGUGCGCGGCGGCGCGUGGGCGCGCGCGCUGGUGCGCGAGCUGCCGGGCCGCAUGCACGUGCGCGUGCUGCUGCCCGACGUGGGCGCCACGGUGCUGCUGCACUGGACCGCCCUGCGCCGCAUCUUGCCCAAGUUCACCGUGCUGCGUGCGCUCGCCACCGAAUGUCAUCUGGCCGGAGUGACGCCCCUCAAUAAGAAGUGGAGCCCGGCCUCGGUGGCGCUGCUGCAAAAAUUCGAGGAGCGACUCUUAGAACUACACGUAGAGGAAAGCCGCAACAGAAAUUCGCUUGGAGUCACGCUAUAUGAUAAAUGUGAUGAAGAAAAUAUAAUAUGCAUUAACACCCAGAUGAUUAAAAAUAAAUUUGCUGUCACUUUUGGAUUAUAUAUGUUUAACAAAAACACAGAAAUUGAUGAGUUAGUCUUUACGAACAAAUGCCCACUAGAUGAGCCAAAACCUAAACCUAAAUUUGUUAAAAUUGAUACCGAUACGACAUUAAAAAUACAACCGAUUAAACCAAAUGAGGAGGACCUCGACGCGAAAGACAAGGGGCCAUUAAGAUUGGAAGUAAAAAUAUUAAAUUAUCAAUCACCUUCGCUUAUUUAUGUGUCGCUCGUCCAUCAGCAGAAAAUAUUCACGGAGUUGUUUGAUGACAUACAAAAAUACUACGCUAAAACGAAAACUCAAGAAAUAAGAGAUUGGAAGAUUGAAGACAGGUGUUGCACAAUAUGCAGCCAGUCGCAAACCUGGCGUCGGGCAGCCAUCUUGGAAAUAAAUGAUGCGAACGCGAAAGUGUUUUACUCGGACUUCGCCUGCGUUGAAACUGUUCCAGUCUCUAGUUUAAGAGAAAUGCCUCAAGAAUUUGCCUCAAUUGGUGACGCUGCCGUUAUGUGCCAUCUAAGUGGAGUAGUUCCCGCUGUCGGAGAGGAGUGGCCUUCUCUCACAAAAGAAUAUUUAAAAGAAUUGCUUGAUGCGUACAAAAGAGUUUUCAUCACUAAACUCGGAAAAUUUAAAGGCAAAAGUAUGCCAGUAGAAUUAUGGGUCUACCAUACGAUUCAGGGUGGUGCACUCGAGGCUAAUACCUCUGAGUGGAGAUGUCUAAACAAAAAAAUCAUUGACCAAGGCUUGGGAAUACCAGAUAAGAGUCAAGAGCUAAGUGGCAGCGAUAACACUUCCUUAAAUACUACAGAAGACGUGCUGUCUUUUCUUAAUAUUACUGGGUCUGUGCGUGAUUGGAUUCAAAUAGAACCAAUGCCUUUAAAACCCCUUAAAAUUAAUACUGAGUCAGACAGUAACUCAUCUACUCCAAUCGACAAUGAUGCACUAAAGAUAGAAACGGAUAACAACAAUUCAAACACUGUUUUUAUAUCAGACUGGCUACCUCCCGAACCUUUACCCAGUAAUGAAAUCACAGCUAUGCCAACAUACAUUGACAACGAUGGCAUCAUCUACUUACAUGAUAUCUCACAGCAAGAUACCUUGGAUUUGAUAAGAAAAGCACUUGAUGUUCGUUUCAAAAAUCCAGAUCCCAAGGCGAAAUAUGUUAAAUGGACCGUUGGCGAGCCAUGUAUCGCUCUUUUCUUUUUAGAUAAUCGUUUUUACAGAGGCAGAGUUUUAGAAGUAAACGAAGAAGCUUCUAGCUGUCUAAUACAUUACGUUGACUAUGGCAACGAAGAAGUCUGUAGUUUUAAAAAUCUAAGAAAAAGUAUAGUUUUAUAUCAAAUUCCCAUACAAGCACACAAAUGUGUCCUAAAUCGUAUUCGCCCUGCUGGAAAACGAUGGGAUAGACAAUCUUUAGAUUAUAUACACAAAUCAAUAGUCGAGAAACAGUGCUAUGUGAAAGUCAGUGGGGAACCUAUUGGUGACCUUAUUCCUAUAGAACUAAAAUAUGACAAACUUUGGAUAAAUGAUCAUCUAGUCGACUUCGAAAUGGCGGUCUACAAGGAUGGUUCUAAAGCGGUUGUUCGUAAGUUUGCGCCACAAUUGAAAGAAAAUAAAAAGUUAGAAAUAAGUAUUGAAACUGAUUCCGGGCCUGAUUACAUUGUUGAGUACGACGAUGUAGAAAAUGAGUCCACCGAUUCGCAAACUUCUGCUAAACUAAAUUCCUUAGAAGGCAAAGAUUGGAAUAGUAUUAUGGCCGAAGAUGAUAAAAAAUCUAUUAAUGGAAAUUUUAUGUCGUAUUCACCGUACACCCAGACCGAGUUUACAUGUAAUAUUACAGUUCUUAAUGAAAUAAACAAGUUAGAAUUAGGCGUAAUUCAUGACGACGAAACUACCAAAGCUUACGAUGAAAUGUUUGAAGAAUUGCAAAAUGAAGGUUGUAAAAUGACUGCACUAAACGGUAUUUUCGAAAAUAAAGCUUGCUUAGCUUUAUUUCCUGAAGAUGGUCAAUGGUAUAGAGCAAUAAUUUUGCAAUAUAGCGAAGCUAAGAAUCGUAUAAAAGUCAAAUAUGUUGAUUAUGGUAACAUAGAAAUUAUUUCUUUAGCAGAUGUAAGAGAAAUUAGCAAAAAAUACACGAGAUUGCCACCUGUAACAAUAACUGCUUCAUUACAUGGUGUAAAAAUUAAUCCUGAUUUUGAAAAUAAAAUAUUGUUUGAAAAAUUUAUUGAUACAUUUCUGGAAAAAGGACCAUUUGAAGCGAAAUUGAUUGACACGACUAACGUCAUACCGACUGUUGAAUUAAGAAACGAUAAUGGACAAUUAGUUUACGAAAAACUCAUUCAAGAAAAUGUGUUUUUAAAAUUCGAAUAGAUUAUUUUUUCUUUUAAUGAUAAACCUUGAAUCCUACAUCAUAAUGAUACUAAGGUAUAACUUAGUUUUAUUUUUCAUAUUGUUAAGUACUGACUGUAAAUUAAAGUUAUUCAAAAAAUA